AGCAGCACAAGGGAAAUCUUGAGUGAAUCUCGUGAGACCGUUUGGCCCAGUCCCUUUUGCUUGUCACCUCCUGCUGUCUCGAACCCUCUGGAGCUCUAGAUCCCUCUCUUUUUCCUUCCCGCUGCUUUACUAAUAGCCAUCUUCCCUUUGUGCCGCUGCCUUGUGGCCGCUUCUUUCAAGUCGCAUCUCGCAAUCUCACUCCUGCAUAUUGCCCUUCCUUGUCCCCAACAUAUUUACCUUAUAAUCAUUUCUGCGCUGCUCUCACGCUGUAACGUCAUAAAUAUCUCCUCUACAGCUUCGUUUCCAAGCUUCCACUGUCGCUGCCCUGUCGCCCAUCUACAAUACUUGCAACUUCCAUCAGUGAGAUAUUCCCCAUGGCUUCUCCUCGUCCGCUCCACACCUUCAACAACCCACCACCACCUUACAGCCUUCCAAAUGGUUCUACAAGCGGCCCAGCCCCAGGGGCUACUGCAUUGCUUCCAAACAACGGCAGAAUUAUCCAGUCAGGUUCUGUCCGUAUUUUAUGCGUUGCAGACGUUAGAGGCAACCUAAAAUCCUUGAACGAAUUAGCCAAACAAGCCCGUGCAGAUCACAUCAUCCACACAGGUGAUUUUGGCUUUUAUGAUGACACUUCUCUCGACCGGAUUGCCGACAAGACUUUGAAACAUGUCGCCCAGUACUCGCCUCUUCUCCCAGAAUCCAUCAAACGCAGUAUUGCUCAAGUCCCUCCGCAGCAAUCCAUUAAACACCGGUUCACCUCAGAGCAGCUCCUGCUUUCAGAACUCCCUCUUCUCCUAAACAAGCAGCUUACACUUGACGUCCCUGUAUACACCGUUUGGGGUGCCUGCGAAGAUGUCCGCGUUUUGGAAAAGUUCCGUUCGGGGGAAUACAAAGUGGACAAGUUGCAUAUUAUCGAUGAAGCAAACUCCAGGUUGCUAGACGUGGGGGGCGUAAAGCUCCGCCUGCUCGGUCUUGGAGGUGCUGUGGUCAUGCACAAGCUGUUUGAUAAUGGAGAGGGAAAGACCACCAUCGCAGGUGGACAAGGAACAAUGUGGACGACGCUUUUGCAGAUGGGCGAGCUAGUCGAUACAGCAAACCGCGUUUAUGAUCCGGCCGAAACCCGUAUUUUCGUGACGCACGCCUCACCAGCUCGUGAAGGCAUGCUUAAUCAGCUUUCGGUUACCUUGAAGGCAGAUUUUUCGAUCUCUGCCGGCCUCCAUUUCCGAUACGGCAGUUCCUACAACGAAUUUAGUGUUAAUCCAUCGCUCGACCACUACCGUGGAAAACUAGCGGCAUCUAAAGCUUCCUUCAACGAUGUAUGGGAUACAGUGCGCGGAGAGGUUGAAGCCGCCAUCAACGCAAAUGAUGCCCAAAAGACCCUGCUCGACAAUGCACUAGACAUUGUUAACAAAAUGCCAAGUGUUGCCAACGGUGGUAACCCCUUCGGAGGCCCAGUCACAGCCUCCAAUGCGGGUGGUCAGGUUGAUGAGAGCGCAUUCAAAAACAUGUGGAACUUUAACCUCGCAGACGCUGCCUUUGGUUACUUAGUUCUAGAUAUCGAAGGCGGAAGAAUUGGAACGGAAAUGCGUGCCCAAGGUUUUAACUUCUCACAUCGGGGUGGGAAACCGGCCACGGCAGCUCCUGCGGCUCCGAUCUCACAACAAACUACCACUGUUUCCCCAAUGAGCGGUGGGGCAACUGGUCCUGGAGGCGCUUCUAGUUCUGCCCCCGGCCAAGCGAGACCACCACCGCAGUUUGGUCAAAUGCAAGCCCAGCCGCCUCGUGGCACGGGGCCUCAGUAUCAACCGCCCGUUUCUCAAGGGCAACCACCAUUGCCUAAGCCCACUCCCCCCAAAUCUACGGCCUCCCCUGUGCCUGUAAUCCCAGCUAAAGAAAAACCCGGCACUCCUCAACCAGCUGUUCCCAAUGCUCCCCCAUCCGGAAACGGCGCACCUGCAAAACAGACCGUUGCCGAGCCAAAUGGCACAGCCCAAGCGGACAAGCCCUCAGAGCCCGUGUCGAAGCCAACUCCGGCUCUAGAAAAGAAACCAAUUAAUGGGCUUUUCAUCUCCAAUGUUGACAAUGAGGAAGCCAUCCGUAAAUUGUUCCCUGAUGAAGAUCGAGCCAAAAUCCUAAAAGUCGAAAAGCUAGGUAAAUUCAACCAUGUUGUUUCGUUCCCUACUCUAGAAGACGCCAAGGCAGCUUUAGAGAGGCAGCCACUUGAGCACAAGAGGCCUAGCCCUCCUGGACCAAACCGCAAACCCAACGUCAAGAUGUUCGAGGAUAGGAGCAGUCGCCGUGACGGCCAAGGCAACGCUGGAACCUGGCAAGCAAGCAAUCGCGGUAGUGCAGCAGGCGGUCAGCGUAGUGGAUACCAGAGUGGAAGCGCCACUAGCGACGGUGAGGGUGGUCGAGGCCGCGGAGGAUUCGGUGGACGCGGACGUGGACGUGGAAGUGAUCGAGGCGGACGUGGCGGGCGGGGAGGCAGAACUGGAGGAUUUGGUAAAGGACCAUCAGGAGUCGGGGAGUCGAACCCGCCGACCCCGGCAUCAGGCGCGACACCGACACCUUCAGGUGGUGAUAAACCAACGGAGUCAUGAACAUCCGCCCUAGUUGGAAUUGUCACGAAGCGGCCCUAACUUUUAGUGAUAUCCCCUUCCUCUAGUAUUUGCCCCCGAGGCCUUUGAUGAACUUGUAUUAUCCACCCGUUAAAUUCCUGAGAAGAUUUCUUUUUUCUUUUUCCCUUUCUUGCUUGUCCGCUAUUCCAUUAUGUGCUUCUAGUGUGUCUUAAAUACCUUUGCUUAUUUCAAUGACGGGUUGUGCUAGCUUUUAUGGAAACUGGUUUCUUUGUUUUCUAAAA